UCUCUUAAAAUUUUCCACUUUGUUCUGAUAUGUUCUUAAACAGCAUAUUGGCUUAACCUUUAAUGUUGUUUUUUGUCUUGUGGUGUUUGGAAUUAUUCCAAAUACAUUGUGAAAUUUGGCAACGUAUAAGCAUUUUUUCUAUGUUAAAUGCUGAUAUUAUGAGCUGGUGAGAUUGUGUUGUUUUAAAUUUUGUAAAUUUCCCACAAGGUCCAUAGAAGAGCAGGUUGAUAUUCAGGUCAAAACAAAUUAAAGACUAAUUCAAAAGACCGUUAAAUGUUAAUAAGAAAAAAAGGGAAUAUUUUAAUUUGCUGAACUUGAAGAUAAAUCUUUUAUACAGAUACAGAUCAUUUAUUAUUAUGAAGAAAUAAUCUGGGCCUUCAGCUUAUUUCUUCACUUGCUACAGUUACUGCCAAACACAGUUUAAGCAAAGACUUCUCAAACCAAAAAUGUGAUUUAGGUUAUCCGAACAGCUUGUUGUGGUAAGAGAGGGUUGGUAGACACUGGGCCAAAUCUGUGAGCAAAAUGGCGAUCAACAAGUGUGAAAUGAAAUGAGCAUGCUGUGAUGGCCAUUUAGACCCGCUCCCCACCCCCCCUGGUUUUCCUCAGCCUGGAUCCCAUUACUCAGGGUCCUUUUUCUCCACCCUCCUUUUGCUGUUUUUUGGAUAUCAAUACAACAACUUAACAUGUCAACCAACUGUGUGAUACAACUCUUACAAAUGUGACUUUUAUUAGCAGUAUUUUAUACUUUUAAGUUUCUAAUACGUUGUCUUUUUAUGGACUGUUUUUUCUUUCUUUGUGUUGUACCCCAAAAAGUCUGGUUAUUUUUACAUUUACAUAACAGUUUCCCCAAAAAGGUACGGCACAAGUGUCAUUUUUAUGAUUUAUUUGAACUCAGCAUUCUUCAGCGGCGCCUAACCUCCCUCCUCUCCAACAACCGCUGCCGUUUAGCUCCAGACGGCUGUGCACCACUUCAUGCUUACAGAGAAAAGCCCCUGUCGGCCUGAUGUCUUCAGUUGUAGCCCCAGAAAAACCCACCUCCAACACCAUGGGCCCCAAAGAGGUGGAGCUGAUCUUGGUGAAGGAGCAGAAUGGGGUUCAGUUCACCUCGACCACCUUGGUGGCUCCCACUCCCACUCAGACGGAACCCAGUGGGGAGGAAGAACGGGAGACCUGGGGGAAGAAAAUUGACUUCCUCCUGUCCGUGAUCGGUUUUGCUGUAGACCUGGCCAAUGUCUGGAGAUUCCCAUACCUCUGCUACAAGAAUGGAGGAGGUGCAUUCCUGGUGCCAUACUUGUUCUUCAUGGUGAUAGCUGGCAUGCCUCUCUUCUACAUGGAGCUGGCUCUGGGACAGUAUAACAGGGAAGGGGCAGCAGGGGUCUGGAAAAUCUGCCCCAUAUUUAAAGGUGUAGGCUUCACAGUGAUCCUCAUUUCCCUCUACGUUGGUUUUUACUAUAACGUCAUCAUCUCCUGGGCAAUGUUCUACCUUUUCUCGUCUUUCACUGGCGAGCUACCUUGGGUCCACUGCAACAACACCUGGAACAGUCCAAACUGCUCCGAAUGGGCUGAGAACGGCUCAGUCAGUGACAUUUACAAGGCCACCCCUGCGCAGGAGUUCUUUGAACGAGGUGUGCUUCACAUCCAGGACAGUAACGGUAUUGACGAUCUGGGCCGUCCACGUUGGCAAUUGACUGCAUGUCUGGCUGUAGUGAUUGUUCUGCUCUACUUCAGUCUCUGGAAGGGGGUCAAGACCUCUGGAAAGGUUGUAUGGAUCACAGCCACUAUGCCCUAUGUGGUCCUGACUGUGCUGCUGCUCCGGGGAGUCACUCUGCCUGGAGCCAUCGAUGGCAUUAAAGCCUACCUCUCUGUGGACUUCUUGAGACUCUGUGAUGCCAAGGUCUGGAUUGAGGCAGCAACACAGAUCUGUUUCUCUCUGGGAGUGGGGUUUGGUGUGCUAAUUGCCUUUUCCAGCUACAACAAAUUCAGCAACAACUGCUACAGAGACGCCAUCAUUACCAGCUCAAUCAACUCUUUGACCAGUUUCUUCUCCGGCUUUGUGGUCUUCUCCUUCUUGGGGUACAUGUCCCACAAGCACAACGUGGCCUUGGACAAAGUUGCCAUCGAUGGUGCUGGUUUGGUGUUUGUUAUUUAUCCAGAAGCAAUUGCAACCCUCCCUGGUUCAUCCAUUUGGGCGGUUAUUUUCUUCAUUAUGCUGUUGACUCUGGGCAUUGACAGUGCUAUGGGUGGGAUGGAAUCGGUGAUCACAGGGCUGUGUGACGAGUUUAAAUGUCUCCACAAACACAGAGAGCUGUUCACCCUCUUCAUUGUUGUCGGCACCUUCCUCAUAUCACUCUUCUGUGUGACAAAUGGUGGAAUGUACGUGUUCACCCUGCUGGAAUAUUAUGCUGCAGGAACAUCAAUUCUCUUUGGAGUGCUUAUUGAAGCUAUUGGCAUCGCAUGGUUUUACGGGGUGGACCGAUUCAGCGAUGACAUCGAGGAGAUGAUUGGCCAGCGACCUGGGUGGUACUGGAGGCUUUGCUGGAAGUUUGUCAGCCCCUGCUUCCUUUUGUUUAUGGUGGUGGUGAGCUUUGCCACUUACAACCCCCUAAGCUACAGCUCCUAUGUGUUCCCUCCAUGGGCUAAUGUGGCGGGAUGGUGCGUGGCCAUGUCCUCAAUGGCCAUGGUGCCUCUCUAUGCCAUCUACAAACUCUGCACACUGCCUGGAAAGUUUUGCGACAGACUGGCAUAUGCUAUCACCCCAGAAACAGAGCAUCAUUUGGUUGAUAGUGGGGAGGUUCGGCAGUUCACACUGCGUCACUGGUUGGUGGUCUGAAAAAUACAAGAGUAGAGUGAAAGAGAGAAAGAGAAUGAGAGUAUGGGCAUUGGGUGGAUGAGUGUGUGCACAGCAAAGGUCUGAAGAGAUAAGAAGAUGAUUCGAUCUCUAUGUUGGUGGAGGUGGUUGAAGAGGUGUAUAAGUGCCGACAAAACAAAAAAAAAACGUAAAUUGUAGUGUUCUUUAAUUUUAACAGUGGAUGUGUGAAGCUGUGCAUUGACCCUCUCCACCACCAACACAGGUGAAUGGGAUUUAAUGAAACUGCAAAUUCAGUCUUCAGACAACUUCUUCCAGGAAUAUGAAACUAGUUUAUGGAAUACUGUGCAAGAUUAAAGAUUAUUAAUCUGCACUAGUUACAAUUUUGGAAAUGUCCUACAAUUGCGCAAAUUCUUUAGAAGUAGGCAGUAAAAAGAGAGGACCAAUUUUAUCACUUUACAUUGUGUCAAGUGCAAAGUAACACAAAAUAAAAUAAAACUCAAAGCUGCAUGUUAUUUCAUUGAGACACAGUGAACAAUAUAGAGAUUUAGCAUUUUGUAAGUGUACAUGGUUUGAAUAUAUUGAGUUACACGCAGCAUCAGGAAGAAUUAUUUUUAAAAUGCUGGAUCUUUUUUUUCAGUUUUUCAUCAGCCAAUCAUCUUAAAGCAGUUAGUCGCUGUAGUAUUUGUCUUGUAGGAUCUUCACUCUUCUCUCCUUUUACUCAAAGGUCAAACAUUUGAUGAAUGCUGCUGGUUUUUAUGGAUCCCAGUCCAUGUCUGUGUGUUAUUUGUAGUGUUUACCAAUUGACUUGCUCUUCUUUAAGACUGUUAUGACUCACCGAGUAAGGCAAACUUUGAGCUGAAGACUCAAACUUUAGUUUACAUUGAAACAAUCUAACAGAAGGAGUAAUAAUUACACAAUCACAAAACGCUGUCUGUGUAAACUCCAUUCAGCUUUCUCACUGAAUGGAGGAAACAAAGAUGUCUCAUUGCUUACAAAUCAUUAGAAUUGAUGGGCUUCCUCUUAACAUGUUCCAGCUUGCAUUUGCAUUAACAUCUUCCCAGUAGUGCGGUUAAAGAGUGAUCAAAAGUUAAUUUGUUCGAAGUCCACCACAUGGUAGAGCAGAUUCUAAAAAAGUUCUUGAACUAGACUUGUCUGUAAUCCGAAUUAAAGAGAUGGAAACAACUGCACCUAAGCACUAUCAACAUAUGAAAACUACAGUUUUAAUCAUUUUAACAUCCAAAUAAUAAUCAGUGACACCUAAGACUGACAUUAUCUACCACACUGCUGAUCCAAUCAACCAAAGACAAAAAAUAACUCAUAAAAUAUCUUCUAUUCCUUUCUCACCUGAGAAUACAUCGCCAAGGGAAUUUCUUUCAAAAGACCAAUUGAUUGUUAACUUCAUCAUGCCAGAAACGGAGGCCAGAAGCUGCCAAAAAAAUACAUUACCAACUUAAUAAAAAAUAAACUAGUAUGCAAUGAAUUGCACCAGAAGUAAUAUAUAGAAAAAACAGGGGAUUAUUUUGAUGAUAGAAUAUUAAAUACAUUUAUAUUUUGACUUUGCUGUAAAAGAACAGACAACAACAACAGGUUACUGUUUUCAGCUGAAAUUGUUAUCGUGUAAACAGAUCCUUAGUGAGAUGGCAAAAUACUGGGCUCAGCAGCUGGGACCAAACAGCUUCAAAAUGUUACUGUUAAAGUUGUGAGGUCAUCUACAGCUAUUUACAAAAGUUUAGUUAAGUUCACAUAGUUAAGUAUAACAAAAUUGGCAGGGGGAAGCACUUUUAGACAACCCAAUUACCAAAAGGCAAAAGUUGACCCCACUAAAUAGCAUUCAACUAGAAUAAAAGCAUUUUAAAUAAGACAUAUAUAAAAGAAUAUGUAAAGGUAGAAAUAGACAAAAUCAUACGUAAAUAAAUACAUUAUAAAUUGGGGGAUACGUUGCAAAAAUCAUGAAUACAAAAAAAUAAGUAACAUUAUAUUAUUAUAUGUAUUGUUAUAUGUAUUAUGUGUAACAAUACUCAGAAAUAAUGCAAAAAAAUAAUAGUAUAUUUUAAAAAAGUUGAAUAAAUUGCAGAAGCUAAAACAUGAAGUAGGUAGAAAGGAAUGUAAUUUGAUAUCACAUUUUAUUCUACAUUCAUUUUAAAUUCUGGAUUUAUGAAUUUUUUUUCUUUUUUUGGCAGUUUCUGUCUUCCAUAGCCAGGCCAAUAUUUAUUCCCCGUUACAACAGGGUAGUGCCAAUACACAUUUAUGUCUGCACAAAGAUUCAGUUGGUGAUUUGAAAGCUAUGACUGUCACGUUAUCAGAAAGCAUAAAGCUUUAAUUUUACUGUUUACAGAAUCUUAUUCAGAGUUUCAUGACUGUUUAAAAAGCUGCUUUUUAUGAACUGGAAAUGAACAGUGUGUAAUGUAAUAUAUGAAGUCAUUCCAAUUAUUUAUGCGUAAAAGUUAAUGUAAUGUAGAGGGGCUCGUAUCGUAUUGUACUGUAUGAUACUGAAUAACAAGACCAACAAGAUUAUAUAUAUAAAUAUAUGGAUUAUUGUUUUGUUACUGUGUGGUAGAUAUAUACAUUAGUUGUAACGAUCUUGAGGAGAAUUACACGGAAAAUUCACAUGAACCUUCUUCUCAUGAAGUCUUUCUGUUUAAUCAGAAACCAUCAAACAUUUCAAACUGGUCAGCAAUGGCUUGUAUUCACCUAGUGGUACAUGUAACACACUAAAGGGUUAAUUAUGUCCCAAAUUGUACGCCUGUGCUGCUGUACUGUGCCUUGUGGUGUUUCUGACUGUAUGACUUUGUUUUGUACUGUCAAUUAAAGUAUGAUUAAUUAAAUUAAGACUUGAAGAUGUC